AUGGAUAGCAAAAAUAUUCAAAAGAAUGCUAUGCAAAAAAGUGCUGAAUUUACUUUCACUCCGCCACCCGAGGCACCCGUAUUUGAGCCUACGCCUGAGGAAUUUAUGGAUCCUCUAGGAUACAUUGCUAAAAUUCGUCCUGUUGCUGAGAAAACGGGAAUUUGUAAAAUAAAGCCCCCUGCUCGAUGGCAGCCUCCGUUUUCUUUAGAUGUCGACAAAUUAAAAUUCGUUCCACGGAUUCAAAAAGUUAAUGAAUUGGAAGCCAUUACUCGUCUUAAGCUUUUGUUUCUUGAAAAAAUAUUAAAAUUUUGGGAACUCCAAGGAUCACCUCUUAAAAUUCCUAUGAUUGAAAAUAAAACUUUGGAUCUUUAUUGCUUAAAAUUCUGGGUUGAUGAAGAAGGAGGCUUUGAAAAUUGUAACAGCCCAAAAAAAUGGCGUAAGAUAGCUAACACAAUGGGUUACAGUCAAAGCACAAUCACAAUGAAUUUUCUCAAAAGUAACUAUGAAAAGAUUCUUCUUCCUUACGAAAUUUUCGAAAAAAGUAAAGCUGAUAUUUUAAAAACGGUCAAAAAGUCUGAUUGUAAAGUAGAAGUUAAAGACGAAAGUGAAAAUGGAAAAGAGGUGUUUAAAGAAAUUAGUAUAGAAUCUAUAACAAAAAUGCAAAACGACUUUGAUGAUGAACAACCUCACACAAGUAUUAAGAAGACAAAGACUGGCUCAGAUAUUAAAAUAGAACCUGGUUGUACAAAAUCAAAAAUAGAUUUUGAAAAGAUAAAACGCAACAGAGAACUCAGGAGAUUGGCUUGUUAUGGACCUGGCCCAAAAAUGCCAGGUCUUAAUGAUGAAGAAUUUGAUAUAACAAAGUCAAGAAAGAGACCUCGGUAUGAUUUGGAUCCAUUGGCAAUUUAUAUCUGUGCUAUUUGCCAGAAAGAUCAUAGGGAUGAUUUGCUGCUGAUAUGCAAUGGCUGCUCAGAUACAUAUCACACAUUCUGUUUGAAGCCACCGCUCAAUGUGGUUCCAGACGGUGACUGGCGUUGUCCCUGUUGCAUUGCUGAAGAAGUACAUAAGCCGGCUGAAGCUUUUGGUUUUGCACAAGCUGAGAGAGAAUACACCUUGCAACAGUUUGGAGAAAUGGCAGAUAAAUUUAAAUCUGACUACUUUGGUAUGUCCGGGCAUCUUGUACCAACUAAUGUGGCCGAGAAAGAGUUCUGGAGAAUUAUAUCUUCUGUUGAAGAGGAUGUCACUGUGGAGUAUGGAGCAGAUUUGCAUUCAAUGGAUCACGGAUCGGGCUUUCCAACAAAGUCUUCUUUGAAUUUAUACCCUGGUGAUCAGGAGUAUGUUGAUUCAGGCUGGAAUUUAAACAAUUUGCCAGUAUUAGAAGGUUCAGUUUUAAGGUUUAUAAAUGCAGACAUUUCCGGCAUGACGGUACCAUGGAUGUAUGUUGGAAUGUGUUUUUCAGCAUUUUGCUGGCAUAAUGAAGAUCAUUGGAGCUAUUCAAUUAAUUAUCUACACUGGGGUGAAGCCAAGACUUGGUAUGGAGUUCCAGGAAGUGGAGCUGAACUUCUAGAAAAUGCUAUGAAGGCAGCUGCCCCGGAUCUUUUCAAAUCUCAACCGGACUUAUUGCAUCAGUUAGUAACAAUAAUGAAUCCUAACAUACUAAUGGCAGCCGGUGUCCCCAUCUAUAGAACUGAUCAAAAUGCUGGGGAAUUUGUUGUUACCUUCCCAAGAGCAUAUCAUGCUGGUUUCAAUCAGGGCUAUAACUUCGCUGAAGCUGUUAACUUUGCUCCUCCAGAUUGGCUUCAUAUUGGCCGUGAAUGUAUAACGCACUAUAAAUAUCUCAAAAGAUUCUGUGUGUUCUCACAUGAUGAACUUAUUUGUAAAAUGGCUUUAGAAGGGGAUAGGUUAGAUUUGGAGACAGCUUUAGAAACACAAAAAGAGUUAGUGCAUGCAACCGAGGAGGAAGGCCGUUUACGGGCUUUAUUGUUGAAGAAUGGAUUAAAGAAUGUCAGAAGGACAGCUUUUGAGUUGCUUGGAGAUGAUGAAAGAUUAUGUGAAGUCUGCAAAACAACUUGUUUCUUAUCAUCUGUAUAUUGUUCAGAAUGCAAGCACAUGUCUUGCUUGCAACAUGCAACAGGUGAUAGUUUUUGUCCAUGCUCAUUGGAAAAGCAAACCUUAUUCUAUCGCUAUGAUAUGGAUGAAUUGCACAUUAUGCUGCAGACUAUCGACUUCAGAGUGAAUAGUUUUGAUAAAUGGAUGACUGAAACUAAAAACAUUUUGCUACCGACGGCUCCAGAUAUCGGUCGUCUCCAAAAACUGAAAGUAUUGGUUGAUGAAGCAGAAGAACUUAAAAUACCAAAGUGUAUAUUACUGACGCAACUCAAGGAUGAAUAUACUAAGGCUACUGAAAAUAUAGAGCCUAUUGUUAUUGAAUUAGAUGAUGAUUGA